ACCGCGAUGUGUCUUCUGGAAUUUCGACCUCGCCAACCACACAGGGGGGUGGGACAGCAGUGGGUGUUACGUGAACAAAGUCGAUGAGGACAGCGUCUCCUGCAUCUGUGACCACCUAACGUCGUUCUCCAUCCUCAUGUCCCCUGACUCUCCGUACCCUGGUUCUCUCCUGGAAAUACUACUGGACAUCAUUUCCUACAUUGGGUUGUGCUUUUCCAUCUUGAGCUUGGCAGCCUGUCUAGUCGUGGAAGCCGUGGUGUGGAAAUCAGUGACCAAGAACCGGACUUCCUAUAUGCGCCACAUCUGCAUAGUGAACAUCGCCGCCUCCCUUCUGGUGGCUGACAGCUGGUUCAUUGUAGCCGCUGCCAUUCAUAACCAUUAUCACCCACUCAACAAGACAGCCUGUGUGGCCGCCACCUUCUUUAUCCAUUUCUUCUACCUCAGUGUCUUUUUCUGGAUGCUGACUCUGGGCCUCAUGCUCUUUUACCGCCUGGUUUUCAUCCUGCAUGACGCAAGCAAGUCCAUUCAGAAGACUAUUGCCUUUUCUCUUGGCUAUGGCUGCCCUCUGGUCAUCUCGGUCAUCACAGUGGGGGCCACCCAGCCCCAAGAAGUCUACACGAGGAAGAAUGCCUGCUGGCUCAACUGGGAGGAUACCAAGGCCCUGCUGGCCUUCGUCAUCCCAGCACUGAUCAUCGUGGUGGUGAACAUGACCAUCAUGAUUGUGGUCAUCUCCAAGAUCCUGAGACCUUCCAUCGGGGACAAGCCAAGCAAGCAGGAGAAGAGUAGUCUGUUUCAGAUCAACAAGAGCAUUGGGGUCCUCACGCCGCUCUUGGGGCUCACCUGGGGAUUUGGUCUUGCCACUGUGUUCCAAGGAAGCAAUGCUGUGUUCCAUAUCAUAUUCACUCUCCUCAAUGCCUUUCAGGGGCUAUUCAUUUUACUCUUUGGGUGCCUCUGGGAUCAGAAGGUGCAGGAAGCCUUGCUGAAGAAGUUUUCACUGUCAAGAUGGUCUUCACAGCACUCAAAGUCAACAUCCCUCGGUUCAUCUACACCAGUAUUUUCUAUGAGUUCUCCGAUAUCAAGAAGAUUUAACAAUUUGUUUGGUAAAACAGGCACGUACAAUGUCUCCACCCCAGAAACAACCAGCUCAUCCCUGGAAAACACAUCCAGUGCUUACUCGUUGCUCAACUAACAACAGGAAAAUCCACCCAUACGACUUCUUAAAGGACAGUGGAUGCGCUCUGAAAAAAGUCCUUCCAAAGCCACGGGUGAACUGUUUUCUCCACAGGCUUCCUGGAGCGGAUGCUGAAGAGACUGUUUCAUUAGGGGAAGAAGCUUUCUUUCAUAAGGACGGACUCAAAGUCAUUGUUAAGUUUAUUUGCUGCCCCACCCCCACCUCUUGUGUGAUACUAAAUGUGUAUAGUAUUUAAGUGAAACUCAAGUCCCCCGAGGCCCAAUUUCCCUGUCUGUAUUGUAAAAUAGAAUUUCAAAGAGGCAUUGUUCCUUUUCACACGUUGGACACAAAAAUAAGCUUUCCUAGGUACAAGGCUAAUACCUAGGAACUACUUCAGUGAAUUCUAAGAAGGAAGGAAGGAGGGAAGGAAGGAAGGAACGAAGGAACGAAGGAACGAAGGAACGAAGGAAAGAACGAAGGAAGGAAACAGGAAAAAAGAAAAAGAUAGAGAAAAACAUUAAAAACUACAUUACUUCCAUGUGAAUGUAAUUAUUCAGACACUGCCACAUGGAGAAUACAAAAAUGGCUCAAAACGGAAACUGAAAUAAGCCAGGGGGAAAGUCUGGUAUCUUCAUGAUAUUUUCUUAGCUACGAGAGAGGGACAGAGAGAGAGAAAAAAAAAAAAAAAAGGACAGUGGGAAAAGACAGGGAGGAAAUUGUAACAUGAAGAUGCUUUCAAGUGGAUAAUAAUAUUUAUAAGAAAUGCGUGGAAGGAGAUGUAAUUCUCCUGAUGCUAAACACACACACAGAUGCUAUUAGUUCGUGCUAAGGUUUGAGCUCAGUGGACCGAGUAGGCAGAGGAAGCGUGAUUGAGGCUCUUUAUUAGAUCCCAGCAGACCCAAUGGCUAAUUGCAUCUUCUAAAGUUUAUCGGGAGAAGCCUUACGUGUUGGUUUAUUCCACUUUUUUGAAGGCCAAAAAUAUAUUUUUUUAUAUCCAUCACUUGCCAAAUGUGAUAUAAUGUGAUAUAAGUGUGAUAUAUUGCACUGAAAACAGAUCCCACCUGUCAUAUACUGUAUUUAACAGCUUUAACCAGGUACUUCUCUGGGCACAAUAGAGUAGAUUUUAAUAAUCGUAUGGCACGGUUUAUUGUUCCUGUUGUUGCUACCGUGGAUUUCGUGGCCCUUGGUGUGUUGUGUAGCUCCCUAUGCAUUAGCUCUCUAAGUGCUUGAGUUCCGAGACCAAUAUACGUUAAGAGUUUUGCAUUG